AGAUAACUAUAAUUCAUCAUAACCAAAUUAGUCUUUUACAUUAUACACAAGAUAGGACAGAUUUAUUUUUGUUUCUAUUAAUAGAAUAUUAAAAAUGAGUUCAAAAAUAGCUGUGGUUACCGGAGCGAACAAAGGGAUCGGUUUUGCGAUAGUUCGAGGUCUUUGCAAACGUUUCGAGGGCAUUGUUUACCUGACAUCGCGAAACGAAAAACGCGGCGCUGAAGCCGUGGCUGCUCUUCAGAAAGAAGGACUAAACCCAAACUACCAUCAACUCGACAUCACAGAUCCUAAAAGCUUAACAGUUUUUCGUGAUUAUGUGAAGACAAAGUAUGGUAACAUAGAUAUUUUAGUUAAUAAUGCUGCAAUUGCUUUUAAAAGCAACGCCCCAGACCCAGUAGCGGUGCAGGCCGAAGAAACCUUAAGAGUUAAUUACUUCUCAGUUGUUUCUACUUGCGAAAUAUUGUUUCCAUUACUUCGCAAUGGAGCUAGAGUUGUGAAUAUUUCUAGUUCAUGUGGUCAUUUAAGCUGUAUUCCUAGCGAAAAACUAAGGCAACGAUUCCAAGAUCCUAAUUUGAGCAUACCAGAGCUCUCAGACCUAAUGCGUCAGUAUGUAGAGGCAGCUAAACAAGGCACUCAGGCAGCUGCAUGGGGAAAUUCAUCAUAUGUGGUAUCCAAGGUUGGAUUGACAGCAUUGACUAAGAUACAACAGAGGCUUCUUAAUGAUAAAGAUAUCAAAGUGAAUGCUGUACAUCCCGGCUAUGUGGAUACCGAUAUGACAUCUCAUAAAGGCCCAUUAUCUAUAGACGAGGGUGCACAGGCUCCAUUGUUUCUAGCUUUGGAUGCUGCCGAUUCAGUCAAGGGUGAAUAUGUUUGGUGUGACAAACGGAUAGUCAGCUGGUCGGGAUCAAAACCAACAGAGAAUUAUUAAACGAUACUGACUUUAUUGAAGUAAACUUGUAUAAUCAUUUGUUAUUAAAAGCAAAAUC